AUGAAGCAGGAGGAGAACUCAUCAGAAACGUAUAUUAAGCUGGAUAACGUUGACAGACCGUUCUCUCCCAUCAACAAGAGUAAAUCUAUUCGAAGCUCAAUCUCAGAAAGAGAACUUUGCUUUGAUACAGCUUUGACCAAUUCUGAUCCUGCCUGGAAUACAGAAGUUCUUAGAUCUCUAACUUCAAACUUCUUCGAGGAUGGCAUCUCAACAAUCGGUUUUUCAACGAAAAGGAAUCCGAAUAACGAUCGAUCGGCUAAUAAUCUCACUUUAAUUGAGAAUAAUAACAACAAUUGUAAAGAAAGCUUGAAAGGCACAGUUAACGGUCGAUCAACUUCUUCCUUGAAUAUCCAGUUGACGUCUCAACCUUUACUUUUAGACGAAGAAUUCGAAAAAGUUAAUAUUCAAAGUUGA